AUGUGGAUUGCAUCUUCCUCAGAGCUUGAUGGAUGUAAGUCCUUUGUUCAGUCUGGAAUCGGUUUGAAUCAAAUUUCAGAAACUGAAUUGUCAGAAUCUCUCAAUAGAGUUUCUUUCAUGGAGAACAAAAUAACACGGUUGCCUGAUUGCGCAAUACGAUGCCCAAAGGUAUCAAGUCUACUUCUACGAGGUAAUCUUCCUCUUGAGAUAGUUCCAGAAGGAUUCCUGCUUGGAUUUCCAGCACUUAGAGUCUUGAAUCUGAGUGAAACUCGCAUCCAUACACUACCUCUUUCAGUUAUCCAACUGCAUAAACUCGAGGCUCUUCUGUUACGAACAUGUCAGAACCUCAAAGAAUUACCCCCACUUGGAAGACUUCAUAGGUUACAAGUUCUCGAUUGCUCUUCCACUAAUCUUGAGGCAUUGCCAGAAGGAAUGGAAAAUUUAACCGAUCUAAGGCUGUUAGAUUUAUCAGAAACUCACCACUUGAGACAUAUUCCAAAUGGAAUUAUAUCCCAGUCGUCCCGUUUAGAAACUAUAGACAUGACAAAUAGUUUCUACAUGUGGGGUGGGAAGAGACCAAGGGAAGAAUUGGAAACAGCACAAAUUGAUGAGCUAGGAUGCCUUGCUCUAUACAUUAACCUGAACAGCUCGUAUCUCACCUUUGAAGAUCUUUCUUGGAUAAAAAGAUUAAAAAGAUUCCAUUUUGUCAUUGAUUACCAUGGUGAGUUUCUACCAGCAAGAGAAAGUGGUGAUGACCGAUUUGACCUCUUACCUAAUCUUCAGGAACUAGUUCUCCUUGAAGUGUGGUUAAAAUAUCUUGUCUCUUCUAGUGGGACUUUGAAAAAUCUAGAAGAAGUCACCGUUAGCUCUUGCCGGGAGUUUGCAGAGCUCUUUGAGAAUGCUAGUUCAAGCCAGUCUUCUGAGGACCUUCCUGAGCAUGCUACUUCAAGCCAGACAUUGGUCCCAAGUUGCAUUGUUCCAAACCUACGGACAAUGAAAUUGAAAAAUCUUCCCGAAAUAAUAACCCUAUGCGGACAACACCAGUCAUGGCAGCAUCUAGAGAUACUUGAAGUGAUCAAUUGCAAUCAAAUCAAGAAGUUGCCAUUCACUACCCAAAAUGCAAAUGCCAUAAAAGAAAUAAGAGGUGAAUUGCAAUGGUGGAACGAUUUGCAGUGGGACGACAAAGAUACAAAAUAA